AUGAGCCACGCGGUCCCAGACCUAGAUUCCAUAGGAAUCAAAGCCGAGCAUGAUUUGGCCGACCAAUUCCGCCGCGAAGUCGCGACUCUCCUCGGGCGCAACAACCUCAAUUUCCCCGGCGCACAACCAGUCAGCUUCUCAUCGAAACACCUGGAGGAAUUGCAGCGCGAGGACUACUUCGUGUGUGAAAAGACAGACGGCAUUCGCUGCCUGAUGUACUUUGCGCGCGGAGACCCAGACUCCGACGCACCAGAGAUUCACUAUCUGAUCGAUCGCAAGAACGACUACCGCUUCGUACCGGGUCUGCAUUUCCCCCUGCCGAACGAUGACACGUUCCAGUCAUACCAUGUUGACACCUUAGUCGACGGCGAGCUCGUCAACGACACGUACGAAGAUGGAUCGCGGCAGCUUAAAUACCUCGUCUUUGAUUGUCUCGUGUUGGACGGACAGAGUCUCAUGCACCGGACGUUGGAUAAGCGUCUGGCAUAUUUCAAGGAGAAGGUCCUCCGGCCGUACAAUGCCAUGUACCGCAAGUUCCCAGAAGAGAAGCAACACCGCGCUUUUGCUGUCGAGGACAAAUCUACGCAGUUCAGCUAUGGUAUUGAGAUGAUGUUCCGCGAGAUUAUUCCCAAGGUUAAGAAAAUCCACGGCAACGACGGUCUCAUUUUUACUUGUCGCAGUACUCCAUACCGCAUUGGUACAGAUGAGCAUAUUCUCAAGUGGAAGCCGCCAGCUGAAAAUACCAUUGAUUUCCGUAUGCGUCUUGAAUUCCCGAUGCUUGAGCCUGACACUGAGGAUGAGUCUGAGGGUAUCACUCAGCCCUAUGUGGACUAUGAUGCUAUUCCGAUCUUUCAUUUGUUCGUCAUGCUCAAUGCUGGCGAGUACCGUCAUUUCGGGGAGAUGUUCGUUGAUGCGAAUGAAUGGGAGGAUCUCAAGGCUCUGGGCGUUCCAUUAGACAACACUAUUGUCGAGUGUGCCAAGGAUUCCGAAGGGCGAUGGCGGUACCAUCGUCUCCGUGACGACAAGAACGAUGCCAACCACAUCUCGACUGUUGAGAAGGUUCUUGAAAGUAUUGAGGACCGCGUCACUGAAGAUGACCUCAUCCGUCUUGCGCCAGUUAUCAAGACUGCCUGGAAAAAGCGCGCGAACAACAUGGCUGCUGGAGAUGCAGACAGGCAACGGAGAGCCCAGGCACCGAAUCCGAACGGCGUCAAGCGCAAAUUCGAAGAGUGA